GCAUGCCAAUGAUUUAACUAUGUAAGUGCAAGGCGGCUCGUGUCAACUGUCAGUCGUGUCGAUGUGCUCGACAGGCCUCGACACAAGUAAGCGCUACUUUUGCACAUGCGUACCGUGUAUUACUACUUAUAACUAGAAGUACUGCCUAACCAUCAAAAUGAUAUUCACACCUAAUCAAGUAGCUGAAAUUAUUGUUGAAACCAUCACAGGUCGUGUUCAUAAGUGUCCGAAAACAGUUCAUAUUUCAAAAAAUCCGCACUAUGAUCUAUGCCAUUAUGAUUUGGCGUUCCCGAUGGAAAUCCAGCAUUGGAGAGGUUAUGUCGAACUCAAUACACCUUUUUUGCAGAGCCUAACAAAUAUUUUGGAUUAUUCCAUGCACAAUUUGUUAGGCUGGACCGAGUUUCAUUCAGACAAAACUAUAUCUCUUGAUCUGCUGAGAACGCAAAUGAUCUCAAAAUGCAUUAAAAGAAAACAUGAAGACAUGGCAAAGUUUCUGUAUAUGUUGGAUUUUUCUAUUCAUCAAAAUCUAGUUCAUAUCAAAUAUCUCAGAGGAGUACACGCAGUUUAUGCCAUUAAGGCUGUUUAUACACAAGGUAAGAACUUUGGAAUUAAUGAAGACUGCGGAAUCAAAGUCAAAUUAGGAGUUGAAUAUGCUGAGGAGUCCGAACUUACCAACUUGAGGCUGGAUUUGCUUAAAAAAGUUUCUACUAAUCUGUUGAAAGCCCAAGGUUUCAAUGUUCAAGAUGAGGUAUGCGAUCACAAUUAUGUCUUCACAAUAAAGUCAGUAGGUAAAACUGUUGAUAAGAACGAGCGAUAUGUAUGUGGAGCUGUCGUGAAUAGCAGCAGAAGAAAGGAGAAGUGCUUGACAGUAGAGAGUUACAUGCAAAAUAAAAUUUCAAAAGUUAAAGAAUUAUGUGAUCAAAGACAUCCUGAUGACUUAGUUGCCAGAAGCAACAGUGAAGAGGAUAUUAAAAAAAUUGCAGAUGCAUCUGUAUCUCAUGAAUUACUUUCAACAAAACACAUCAGUACAGUAAUGUUAAAAAACUUUGAUAAUAUUGAUAAAUCUGUCAAAGAGGGAUCAUAUAUUUUAUAUAAUAAUGUUCGAAUGAAUGCAGUAUUAGAUAAAUAUGCACAACUUCUAUUAAAGGGAGAAAUUCCACAAAUCCCGGAAGUUGAAAAUUUAUUUACAUUCUUAACAUUGGACAUUGAGGAAUGGAAUCUCUUUUAUAAUUAUAUAAUUAAAUAUCCAGAUGUAUUAAAGGCUACUGUUACAUUUCAUCCAAAACUUAAUGUGAAUGUUCACUUGCUGUGGUCAUUUGUGUCUAAUCUAUGCCACGAAUUUAGUCGAUAUUAUGAAAAAAAUCGAUUUUUAAUGCCAAACCCGACUUUCGAUAGCCGCAUUUCUGAGUUAUGUUCAGAAAGGCUGCAUCUUCUCAGAUCAUUGCGAAUUAUUCUACGUAAUUCAUUGGCUCUGUUAGAAGUUAAGGAAGUCCAAUACAUGUAGUCGAUAUCUGAGAGAGCAUCAAGUGAUGUUGUCUUUUAAAGAAUGAAAAAGUCUAUAGCAUAAAGAGAUGAAGAUUGAUUACUUAAACAUCCACAGAAUGUUUAAAAGUUUUGUUUAUUUGGCCAGGAUAAGCAGAUUUUUAGCGCAAUCAAAACCUACAAUUUAGUUUUACUUCAUUACAUACAUACAUGAGAGUAAUCGUGUAAAUAAGUAUUUUUAUAUCAAUAGAGACAAACUGCCUUUACCGCAGUUCAAAGACG